AGUUACUUAUUUGCAAAGUAUUUAAAAAGAAAUUCAAAUUUCGCGCGUGAAAAUCUGUUUUACCGUCUACACAUAGAGUGGAAACUCGUGUCAAUAUUUUGUUUCUUGCUAAGUUUCGUCAAAGAGAAAAUUUUUAUUCCGCUGUAUCUUCAAAAAAAAGAAACAUCUCCAAGUGUCAAACACACUAAAUUUCAUUAAACUAUUAUAAAACACUGCAGAUAUAUUUUUUACUGAAAAGGAAUUUUCUCGAAUUUCCAUAUUCGGAAACAAAAAAAUUCUACUACAUUUUAUAAACAUCAGUAAACAUGUAAUACUCGAAAAUUCUAAGUUUUUUGUUCUCUUAAUCGUCGUAAGAGUGACUUUUAUUUUUAUAAUUCCAGGUCAAACAGGCGCGAUGCAUUGUUAACGAUUGAAACAAAUUCAAAACGAUCCCCGAGACUAGAAUAUUUUAUGAAAAAAUGUGCUUCCGCUCUGCGAUUAUCUGAUAACAAUAUCAAACUGAUAAUUUCUAAUGAAGAAAACUGUACUACCCAAAAAGAUAAUAUUCAAGAUUCGAAAAAUAAUCAAAAUACUAGUGAAACAUCCCAAACUGUACAUAAAGUCCACGUGGAAAAUUCCAAUAAAUUAAGAAAAAAUUUAAACGGUGAAGAAAUAUUCCAAUCAAAAGGCGACGUUGAAAUAUCAGAACAAAGAGAAACUGAUAGUGAUAAAGAAGAAGAAGAAGAAGAAAAAUCACCGAUUGAAAAUUCAUUACAAUGUGAUAAAUGCGACAAGAAAUUUCAUUUGGAGGAGAAUUUAAAAACUCAUGCCCAAACUCAUUUGGAUGAGAAAAUUUAUACAUGCCAUAUUUGUGGUAAACAAUUUGGCCUAACUGGAAGUCUUUAUUAUCAUUUAAGACACGUGCACGAUGGUGUUAAAAAUCAUUCAUGUGAUAUUUGCGGUCGUUGUUUUGCAAUGAAAACAACAUUAGAAGAUCAUCGACGAAUACAUACUGGUGAACGUCCAUAUGUUUGUGAUUCAUGUGGAAAAACAUUUAAAACAAAAGCGUCCCUUUAUAUACAUCGUAAGACACACACUAAUGAUUAUCCACAUCAGUGUUGUUAUUGUAAGCGUGGCUUUCGUUGGAAACAACAAAUGUUGGACCACUUAACGACUCAUACGGGAGUCAAAAAUCAUGUCUGUGAUAUUUGCGGUAAGGCGUUUGGCGUGAAAAAUGAUUUAACAAGACACAAGAAGAUACACUCGAAAGAAAAACCCUAUUCAUGUCUUCAAUGUGGCUUGAAAUUUGGUCAGAAACGAUAUUUGAAAAAUCACGAACGUACUAAGCAUAGAUGAGAGAGAAAGUGAGUGCUGAUUUAUAUAUAUAUGUUCAGAUGGGAAAUUAUCUGUUAAUAAUUUUAUUAUUUUUCUACUCUUAUUUUCUUUUAAGUCGACAGUAAUAUUAAGAAAACCUGUUUUUCUUACGAAUACAAUUGUGAUUUUGCGAAGAUACCUUUAACUUUUUUUUUAAAAAAACUUAACUCAACAUUUUGCAGGAAUUUUGCUAAAUUUGUAUUAAUUUUCAUUAAUAAUCUGUUUUAAUCGAAAAAAUUGACAGUAAUUUCCAAAGUAUAUCCUACAGCAGCGUUAUGAAGAGAUAAAUAUAUUUUGUAUUUAAUGUGAAAAUUCGUUUAUUUUCGUUUUAACUUCUCACUGGGUAUGUCAGGAUCCAUACUGACUUAAGUCCCUUACGUACUUUACUAUAUUUAAAGCGUAAUUGCUUUAUUAUCGAAAAUUAGAGUUUUGUUAUGUCUCAAUAAUAAAUAAAACUUUUAAUUUAAUUAUUUUAUUAUUUUUAAUCUUACCGCCUCGACGGAUAAGCUUACUGAAAAUCUGAGUUU